GCAGUGCUGGAAACCAUGCAAGACAGUGCCACCACCCUGACCUUCACUGCCCUUCUGUGUCUUGGUAGGCUUGGGGAAAAAGGGGAGGAAUGAGGACCCCCUCCUCACACACAGGUCCUUGUCCCGUAGAGAUCCCAGGGACUCAGGAGGCUAAAGAGGAAGCUGAGCCUUCGAGGGGAGGAAUGUUCUCAGCCCAGUCUGACCCCAGUGAUACUUCUGUGUGUGGGUGUGAGGACAAGCUUCGCACAGGGAACUCUCGCCCAGGGCUGUGCCAGGGUCAGCGGAACCAGGUACAGACAGGGAUCCUCUCCAAACCCUACAGCUGGGCUACUCCAGGCCCUAUCAUCACCAAGGGGAGCUCUGUGACCAUCUGGUGUCAGAGGUCUCUGUAGGCUUCUACCUACCAUCUGUACAGAGAGCGAAUCUCUCAAUACUGGUACGAGUGGGCCCUAUGGAACUCCAGAGACAAGGUCAAUUUCUCCAUCGAAUCCAUGGACAUACACUAUGCUGGGCAGUUCCGGUGUGCAUAUCACACCCGGAGUGGCUGGUCAGAGUGGAGUGACCCCCUGCUCCUUGUGAUGACAGGAACAUGUAAGAAACCCUCCCUCUUGGCCCAUCCAGGCCCCUCAGUGACCUCGGGAGAGAGCAUCACCCUGCAGUGUCACUCAGACCACUUAUUUGAUACAUUCCAUCCGUUCAAGGAGGGCUUCAUUGGCCCUCCCCAGCACCUUUGUUGGCAGAACAACACGGGGCCCUUUCAGGCCAACUUCACCAUAAGCCCUGUGACCUCAGCCCAUGGGGGGACCUACAGGUGCUACAGCUCACACAGCACCUCCCCCUACCUGUUGUCACAACCCAGUGACCCCCUGGAGCUGGUGGUCUCAGGAGGCUCCAAAGAUCAGCACCAAACCCCAGGGAAUCAGACCCACCGAGGGCUCCAGACCAGCUGCUGACUUCCUGGAAGAAGACCUUUGUGAAAGGAAAAGGAGUUACCAUGCUGGCAUGGGACAUGGGAGCGCAGAGAUUUCAUAGGCAAUGCCAGGGAGGGGAUAGACUGGGAAUGGCUAUGGGGCUCAGGGGUGACAGAGAAUGCAAUCUAAUACUGUGUGUUCUUGCACACAUCACUCUUCCUCUCUGGACCUCAACCUCAACUGUCCCAACUAGGAAUAGGGGAGGGACAUGCAGGAAUGAAAGAUCUCCAGAAUGCUUUCCAAGAGAUAAAACUCUCUUAUUAUUGCCUCACCAAAUGCUGCCAUGAAAGACAAACAUCCUGCGGAAAACGUGGAGCAUCCAGUGGAUGCUUCUCUGUUCUCACACAUCUCAGCUGUCAGCAUUCCCUCACAGUUGACCCCUCCCACUGGAAACACACCGCGUCUUGACUUCUGUGGCCUCUAAUUUUUUGGUUUUCUUUAACUUCAUGGGAUCCUCUUUGUGGUCUUCUCUCCUACUUCCUCUUUCUUUUUCAACCUUCUAGUCAUUGGAGGGCUAAAUCUUAAAGGAGUACAUGAAUAAAUGAAUCAGUUUAUACUUUGUGAAAGCAGAUAUCUUCAUUACUAACUUCGUAAGGGAUAACUUUGCCAAUAAGAAUCGCCAUCAGCAUGGCUACCAUUACCCAACAGUUUGAUUAAUUAUUCUAUGGAAGAAUCCUGAUCAAAGGGGGAAAAAUGUAGAAAAAAAUUUCAAAUUCUUCCCAAUCUUCUGGAGCAAGGAAGAAUGAAGAAAACCAAAGACACAAAGGAAAGAUUAGUCGAACGGAC